AUGGUUUCCAGACAACCACCGCUGUCGUUGUACGCGACCGUCAGAAAAAUGUCCACGUUCGCUGGUCACGUGGACAGACACAGAGGCGUCGUCGUCAAAUCCACCAUAGCCGCCACGGAACAAGAGAAACCGACGGAAUUCGGUCCCAAGCUUGCCAGAUCUCUAAUUAAAUGGUCGGCCGAUGAACAGGUGCACUUGGUGUGGUUCCAGAUAGCUCGGCAGCAUGCGCAUUGGAUUUCGGAAUUGGCCAAAAACAAUUUCCUGUUUCACAGAACAUCACCGGACGGUAACGAACUGUGGAUGUACAAACGUUUAAGGGGUGAAAGCACAUCUACGGUAGACUCCCCUCAUACGUACACGGGGGCUGGAGGUCUAGUGAUACGCGACGAUCAUUUGUUAGUCGUCAAAGAGCAUAGCCUUCCAUUUUGGAAAUUGCCCGGAGGUUAUGUAAAUCCUGGAGAAAAUAUCGGUGACGCUGCCAUUAGAGAAGUAUUUGAAGAGACGGGCAUCAGAGCCGAAUUCGUAUCUUUAGUGGCGUUCAGGCACGUUUUAAGUGGAAGUUUCGAUUGUGAUGAUAUGUAUUUCGUCACAAACUUGCGACCGUUAACUUUCGACAUUGUGAUUGAUAAUGAGAUAUCAGAGGCUAAAUGGAUGAAGUGCGAAGACUUUAUAACGAGUCCAGAUGUUGGUGAACACAGCCGUUUUUUCGUCAAAACGUUUAUCGAAAAUUCUAAAAACGGCAUCACGAUGAAACCUAGUAAAUCGAUUCAUCAAUUUACUAAUAAAGAAUUUAUCAGCUACACCGCAUCCAGCAGUACACCGACAGAUUCUAGUGCAGAUAUUUAA